GCAAGAUGGGAGUAGAGCAGGAAAUCAGUUUUUCGACCAGUCGAAAAGUCGGUAGACUCUAUAGUCUAAAUAUAUCGUUACCGGGAGAGAAGUGAGAGACGAUGUCGUGAUCCAACAUGUGAAAUUUACAAUAUUUUUCGAUAUGGGGAACACAAACGUCAAACCCCAUCCGAAACCCAGAAAUAAGAAGCAAGUGCGUUGGAAGGCGGCAGAUCGUCCAUCACCGCCAGGAAAACCAUCACUCAUCCAAGAGAACAGUUACGUUCCUGACGUCGUCCACAUCUGCUGGUCCAAACCAGAAAAAGAUGGAGGUUCCACCGUCACCUCCUAUUUGGUCGAACACAGAAGAGUCGGUACCAGUCAUUGGCUCAAAUCAUCAUCCGUCCAAAUCACCACCAACGAAUUGGUUGUCAACGGCUUAGAACCUGGAUGGCGGUACCAAUUCAGAGUUAGAGCAGAAAAUGCCGUCGGAUUGUCUGAUCCGAGCGAAAUAUCAGAACCUUACUCGGCCACUCUUCAAAGAUCUGCCAUAGCCGCACCAAAAUUCACGGAAGAACUGAAAGACACUGUUGCUCUUGAACAUGGCAAAGUUGAAUUCGAGGUCAACUUCUUGGGACAACCACCGCCGAAUUUAUGUUGGUUCAAAGAUGGGUUCGAAAUAUUCAGCGGGAAUAGAACUAGAAUAACGCAAACGUCCGACAGAAGUGUCUUGACCAUUCUCCAAGCCACAGCAGCCGAUGAAGGAGAAAUCAAGUGCACUGCCACCAAUAGAGCCGGGCAUUCUUCGACCAAAUGCAAGUUGACAAUAGAAGCUCCUCCCGCUAUCAAACUCCCGAAAUCUUAUCAAGAUCCAGACGGGAUAAUAUUCGAGAUUGGCGAAACCAUUAAGAUGAACGUAACGGUCACUGGACGACCCACACCUUUGAUCUUCUGGUCACAUGACGGCGAAUCGAUCCAGAACAACGAUAGAUACGAUAUCGAAUACAACGACAAAAUCGCUUCAGUUAGAAUCGAGAAUGCCUUGAGAUCUGAUAGAGGGGAAUAUCGAAUCAAAGCGGUCAAUAAGUUAGGUCAAGAUGGGGCUUCGUUUUUAGUGACGAUUACUGAUAAGCCGACACCUCCAGGCAAAGCUAGAGUCUUAUUGACUUCCGGCAAAUCUGUCACUUUAUGCUGGUCUACUCCUAAAGAUGAUGGAGGAUGUCGUGUUGGUAAUUACAUCAUAGAAUAUUAUAGACUUGGUUGGGAUGUCUGGUUGAAAGCUGCAACCACCAGACAACUUUCCACCAUGCUAGGCGAUUUGAUUGAGGGUAGCCAAUAUAAAUUUAGAGUCAAAGCUGAAAGCCCAUAUGGUGUCAGCGAACCGAGCGAAGAAUCCGAAGUGGUAUUCAUACCAGACCUAAAAAGGGGAAUUCAAGAACCGUCAGAUGUUAAGCGAGACGAGGUCGAAUCUAAAAUACCGCUUGCGAAACGAAGAAGAGCUAAUUCCACACCUAGAGUCUCAUUUGUUCUCAAUGAAGAUGUUCCAAUAAGACCUGAACGUAAGAAAACUGGAAAAACUCCAGAAGCUUCACCUCGACUGAAACGAAGACAAAUUUCUUCUUUUUCGAAGAACGUCCUUGGUUCUGAACCUUCGCUGAAUAGAAGUGUUUUUUCAUAUUCUGGAGCACAAGGCCAGUCAACAUGGAAUAGUGCUUUCACCUCGAAUAGUCCUGAUAUUACUUUCGGAAAAAAAGGACCUAUAAUGACGCAAAGGGAGAUACAGAAGAAGAGUCCAUCUCCCGAAAUAAUAAUCACAGAUGCUGAUGUUGAAAACGGCAUUGAUUCAAAGGAGAUGAGCUCAAAGAGUUCUGCAAAUAAAUCUCCACCCAGAAGUCCGAAUUUCUUUGACAGAUCCUCUUGGAAGGGCACUCAACAUGAAAAGCUACAACCAGAAAAUGCAAAUCAUAUACCGAAUUCUUCUCGAAUUGAUAAACAGUCAGAUGUACAAAAUCUCGAUCAAUUUCGAAAUACUCCAAAUCGUCAAGAGAGAUUUGUUUCAAGGGGUACAACUUCUCCAGAGAAAUCACCAUCUAGAAGUCCGGAUCAUCAUAAAGGAUCACCACUGAGAAGUUUGAAUAAUUCACCAACAUCUUCCUCCAGUCCUAGUUCUCCUAAGAAGUCACCUUCUAGGAGUCCCAAUUUUUUUGAGGGAUACCCUCCAAGAAGUCCAGAGAAUCUUGAAACGUCCUCAGGACUUAUCCGGUUCAACAAAAAGGCAUCACCAGAGAAGACAGAAAAAUCACCCAGUCCAAAUCGUAAAACUAAACACAUCAAAAUCAUUGAACCUAACAAAAAGGAGGGCUUAGAAUUGAAAAUAGAGGAUUAUACUUCUACACCUAAAAUAACAGAAGUACAGAGUGUUGAUAAAGUGCAAAGCAAAGAAAUCAAGGAUAGAAUGAGACCACCUCUUCGUCAGGAAUUCAGUGGCAGCUCGGAGUUUAUGCUAGUUCUGUGUCCAGAAGAUGAACAAGGCACACGCUUCAAGAGGUUCAGCAUAAGUUUCGAUGAAAACGCAAUUCCACCUCCACUAUCCUUGUCAGCACCAGAAUUAGGUAUUGAACCUCCUGAACUACCAUCGUUGAGACGUUCAGCAAGCUCCACAGAACUCUUGACUUAUCACCUAAUGGAACGUCUUUAUGAAGCCGCUAUGAAUGAAAGCAAUGCAGAAUCCAGCAAAGCAAAUACAAACAUACCAACGAUACGAGUCAAUUCCGAAUCUACAGAGUUCAACUCCAUUGAGGACAAUACAAGAUUCACGAGAAGGAUGUCUGGAACUAUUCCUAAUCAAUCAUCUUGGUCCAAUAGGAGGUAUAGCUUGAAGAACGCUAAAGAAAUUGAUGGCAAUUUUGCAACAAGGUUACAGAGAUAUGAGGAAACUGAUGAAAUGAGAAGGGAAGUACAGGAAUACAGAAAAAUAUCCGAAUUUGAACAUGAGCAAGAGGGUACCAGAGGAAUGAGAGAUUUGGCCGAUGAAGAUGAAUGGUUGAAGGAAUAUGAAGAAUCGAUACCAUCUGAGGAAGAAAGCGAUGUAUCUUCACCAGACGAAAGAAAACUGUCUUUGGUGACUCAGCCACGAAAUGAUAUCAAUGAAGAUGAAGAGGAGAUAUACAAUCCAAGGAAUAGAAUGAUGACUGCUGUCAAAGCUAAUAACGAUCAGCCGUUUGAAAUUUUAACUGUUAGAAAAAAUCCACCAAAGUCGAAUAUUGUGCCUAAGCCUAUUUUGAAGAAAACGUCUCCUUCUCGUACUGAAGAAGAACCGACAGAUAGUAGAAAUACAGCUUCAACAUUUAUGUUCCAAACACUACCACCAAAUACAAUAGGCAAUGAAAGAGAUCCAUCAGUACCCACAAGAAACAGAUCUAAUUCUUUGAGCGCUGCAUUUGAAGAUGAGCUCGAUGUGAGUCAAAUAAAACGAUCGCCUACUCCAAACAAACGUCGGUCAUUCAGUCUGAUACCGUCACAAGCAACCUUCAUCAAAGAAGCAUUCAAAUCGAAAAACCAGAAAGACUCUGAAGAACCAAAAACUAAAGCAACGAAGAACGUGUCAGCCCUAGCUAAUUUCACAAGCAUAGCAGGAGCAGGUUUUGUGAUUCCGAACGAGAUGCAGGAGAAAAAAGAAAUAGAGGAAGAGGCUAAAGUUGUUGUUGAUUUUUACGGGGAUAUAGUCAAGAACUUCGGUAGUAAAUCGAAACCUACCGCUGAGUUCAGCAGAAGUAUUACAUCCAAAUAUGAUACGUUUGAGGAGAGAAAGAUUUCUGAUAUCAAACCGAAUGCUGAUUCUUUGGCUUCACAAAAUGUCAGGCCCAAAUCACCUAACUACUCUGAUUUUGAAAAGGGAAGACAAGAAAAAGCUGUUGAUCUGACCAAAAUUGCUCAGAUUUCGACGAAGGCCUCAGCGCCCAAACAAGAAUCUAAUGUAUCGAACUUUUCACAACCAGAAGCUAUUGAAAGAUCUUUUCAGAACAAAAAGCCUGUGAACUCAUAUUAUAAUGUAAGCACAACAGAAAAUAUUCAACCAAGAAAAGAAACCAAUUUCGAUAACAGAAAAACACUAACCAUCAGCAACACUGAUUCUUCUAGGGAAAGGGAUGAAUCCUUGAGACAAAUGAAAGCUGAGCUGUCACAAUCUAGAUUACCAGAAAGAUCCUCGAUAAGAUAUCAAGAUAAAGGAGCCAUUUCUAAUCGAUAUAGCUUAGAAAGUAGACGAACCGGAAGAAAGGGAUCCAGAAAUAGCUCAGUAGGUAGGAGAAAACAAACUCCAAUGUCCAGAGAUGCUUCUACAUCUCCAGUGCGAUUCUCAGAUGACUGGGACAGUCAGUGUUCCUCCAAAACUUCUCUUGAGCAGGACUACUACAACAGGGGAUCGUUGAAUUCUAGUAGAGCAUCUUCCCUUUCUCGUAGAUCUCUUUCGCCACCUAGGCCGAAACUGAGAGGAAUUACAACUCAGACAUCCUUCAGAAUAGAAUCAGGAAGUCCUGCUGAUGCUCAGGAAAAGAUAAAUUUGGCAAAAGAUGCCGAAAAACGAAUGAGUUUCGUGUUUGAGUACUUUACCGAUUUGUCUAUGGUAGCAGUUGCUGGUUGGUUGUUUUUGUUUCAGAGCGAAUAUCUCGCUGUGCCUUUCAUUCUGAUACCGAUUUAUAGACAGUUGGAACAUAAGAUUAAAAGCUUCAGUGAGGGAGUAGAGCGAAAAUUACCACAAUGGAUUCGAAGGAGGUUGAAACGGAAUAGAUGAUGACACCAACUCUUCAACGAGAUUAUUGGAAGAAUUAAUUUCAUUCGGAAAUUCAAUGACGAAACAUGUUUAUUGUUUCACCUGUAAAAUAACGGGUAAUUUUUGAAAAAUACAUUAUGCUAUUUUGGCCGAUUCAUUUUGCUAAUGUCCGCAGAUGUUUUUGAUUUGAAAUAUAUUUUUUAGUGCCAUAUUGGAUACUUUUUUUAUCGAUAUACAAGAAGUUUAUCGAACAACGUGGAAUUGUGGAAUUAUAUAGGAGGGAUAGAUAGAGAUUACAUAUAUAAUAUAUAAUUUUCGUUUUUGUAGAAUAAUUUAUUGUUCAUUAUGUUGUUCCUAAUAAAAUUGAGAAUACAUUGA